GAGUGAGAGAGAGAGAGAGAGCGGGCGCGGGGCUGCACCCAAACCAUGCUUCCAAGCAACUGAGAAAGGCAGUGGGAGGGCAGGACUGUCUGACUCUGCGGCUCCCAAGCCCAUGAUGGGAUCCCUUGGCAGCCUGUGAGAAGAAUGGAGGUGCUCUACAUGCUCCUGGCAACUCUCUCCUUGGCAGCACCCGGACAAGCCCAAGUGAAGCCAACAGGGCCUUCUGCCAGCCUGGAGAGCAUCGCUGGAAAUGCCUCUGUGGAGCCAGGUGUCCUUGGCAUGGCCGCUCUCCGCCUGGCAAAUGGCAGCAGCCCCUGUCGGGGAACGGUGCAGGCACUGCACCACGGGCAGUGGACACCAGUGUGCCAGGAGUCUUGGAGCAUCGCUGCGUCCCACGCUCUCUGCAAGCACCUACACUGUGGAGAUGCAGAGGAGUCCGGUGUGGCAGAUGCUCCUGCUGCAGUGCCAGCUCCCUUCAGCGAUGGAGCCAUCCCCUCCAUACGUAAUGUCUGUGUGGCUGUGAUGGCCAACUGCAGUGGCUGGGAGAGGGGGCCCUGCCUGCUGAAGCUGGCCACCAGGCCCCGCUGCUGCAGAGCAGGGCUGGCUCAGGUCACCUGCACAGGUCCCCACAGGUUGCAGCUGGCUGGUGGGAGGAGCCGCUGUGAGGGCCGGGUGGAGAUGGAGCAGGCGGGCCAGUGGGGCACAGUGUGCGAUGAUGCCUGGGAUCUUGCUGAUGCCAAUGUGGUGUGCCGGCAACUGCGGUGUGGCUGGGCCCUGCACGCACGGGACAAUGCUUCCUUUGGCCGGGGCAGUGGGCUCAUCCUCCGGGAUGACGUGAGCUGCGAAGGGCACGAAGACCAUCUGUGGGACUGCCCUGCCACCCAGAAGCACGACUGCAGCCACAAGGAGGAUGCUGGUGUGGUGUGCUCAGAGCACCAGCAAUGGCAGCUCUCUGGGGGCCGGGAUGGCUGUGCAGGCCGGGUCGAGGUCUUCUUCAGAGGCACAUGGAGCACAGUGUGCGACAGCACAUGGUAUGAGAUGGAGGCCAGUGUGCUGUGCCACAUGCUGGGCUGCGGGCCACCCAUCGAGCGGCCCUCCUUCAACCACACGCUGCCCGGCAAGAUGCUCUACGAGUGCACGAGCCCGCAGCCGUCACUGGCCCACUGCAAGUGGACCUACAACAAGGCAGCUCCCUGCCACCAGUCCCGGGCAGCUGGUGUGAUCUGCAAUGGCUCCCAGGGCUUGCAGACACCGGCCCCGAUGGAAACACCAAAACCGAGCAGCGUGACACACCUGAGCACUGGGGACUCCCUGAGUGAGACAGCCCAGAUCCCUCUGUACACACCGCUCUUCGUCCUGUGCCUGGUUUUGGGAGUGCUGCUUCUGCUUACCACACUGGUUUUCAUCAUCACCCUGCUGAGGAUGAGGAAGAUGAGUGCCCACACUGUGUCCUCUUCCUCGCUAUCUGGGCCAGUCCUGGUGACCCACAAUGCUCAGGGCCCUGACGUGCCCUCCGGGGUCUCCAACGACUACAGAGAGAUGCCUCCCAGCCUCCAAAAAGGACAAGACUUGCCAGUCGAGCCCCUUCUGGCAGCCAAGGACUCUGAUUCCGACUCUGACUACGAACACUACGACUUCAGCAGCAAGCCGCCUGUGGCCCUCUCCACCUUCUACAACUCCCUGCGACGCCAGCCAGGGGAGCAGUCGCUCUCACUGAUGCCGAGCCGGGCCGAGCCGUUCCCUGCAGAGGAGACAGCUGUGCUGCCUCCGCAGCCCUGCAACAGGGCAAGCAGCUCCUCCAGCUCGUCCGCCUCCAUGGAGCUCUACUGCAACAACAACGUGGAGCCCCCGUACCCCAGGGCCUGCCUGCAGCCCCUGGCUGACAGCACCCGCCUGCAUGCAGCACCCUCUGCACACGGCAGCACUGAAUACCCCCGCGCAGAACCUAAUCCUGCUGACAGCUCCAGCACCUCAUCGGGGGAGUGGUACGAGAAUGUGCAGGGUGCAGAGCCAGCCAGGGACCCAUCCACAUGCCCUGGCUGGCCAGGUCCUUCCUGCCCCUCAGGGGGACAUGCACAGGACCCUGACACCUCUGAGGGCAGCGACUAUGAUGACAUCCAGACCUUGGCCUACUGAGGCUGCAGCUGGCCAUCUCUUGGCUGCCUGUUGCCCUCCACCUGCCCAGCUCCAGGAAAGGGGUCUUGGCAGCUCCAGCACCACAGGACUAGCACCCAAAGAAGAAAGCCCUAGU